CGUCGACUCAACUGUAAUCACAAAACAGCCACACAGUAAUUCCCAAUAAUAUUAUUCUUACACAAAUUUGAAUAAAAACAAUCGUAUUAUUCAUGUUUACGUUUUGAUAGGAGAGAUAAUAAGUGAUGCAGCAGUUGAGUGAACAAAUUGUUGUUUUUGCGUCAGAAGAGUUAUAAAUUAUUGGAAAAAACUUCAACUAUCUUGUAAAUAGUUUAAGCCAGAAGGAACACAAUUUUGAAAGACUGAAAUGAUUAUUGGUGAAUUUAAUAAAUAUGGCACACAAUCAAAAUGAUAGUAACACAAAUUAUCAAUUUCAUCGCAGUCAUUCUGAAGAGUUGACAUCACCACAAUUAAGAACAUUUUUUGAUUCUCAUUCAAGUAGCACUCUGUCUUCUUUAUCGGCACCUGCAUCCUUCCAUAGAACUGUGGAAGGAGCCAGACACCUAAGAGAUAGUUUAACAAAUGUUAUAAGAGAGAUAGAACCUUUAGUAGAAACUGCUCGCAAUGUUAAUGCUGGUGUUACAAGUUUUUUGAACAGGCCCCAAUCUGAUAUAAAUGUGCCUGGCCAUUCACUCAAUGACUCAGCAAACGAUAGUUUCUAUAUCAACUUAGAUGUCUCAGGUUCUGCAGAAGAUAAUGUUGUUCAAGAAAUUGUCAAUCCAAAUGUGUUAGAGAAUCCCAAUAAUGCCGACAACAACAACUCAGAUGAUCCUGACAGAAUGCAAACUGUAAUUGAGGCUCAACAGUUGAUCAUAGUUUUGUUAAAAUAUGUUCCAUUUGUUCUAAUACUGCUUGCCAAAUGUUUGUAUGAUUAUCACCAAGGAAUAUUUAUUCUAAUAAUGCUCUUCAUUACAUUUGCUCAUUCUAAUUCAGCAGUGAAAAAAGAAGCAAUCAAGAGGAAUAGAAGGAGUAUUCGUGCAUUGGCAGUAGAGUUAUUAUAUAUUUUGGUGUGUUUGAUAUUUAUACAUUAUGAAUUUUCUGAUAUCCAGAAUUUUAACAUCAUUUUGAACUUGAUUUUGAUAAGAAAUUUUAUUCACCCUUUAUCAGUUUGGAAUUUAUUGUGGAUUGUGACUGUCACUGAUUUCACUUUGAAACUAAUAACUGUGGCAAUAAAAAUAUUCUUCACCAUGCUGCCAGAAAGAGUGCUGGAAUUCAAAAAAAGGGGUAAAAUAUAUCUAUUCAUUGAGGCAUCAUCACAGAUGUACAGAAGCCUAGCUACGAUACAACCUUGGCUUUAUUUCCUUUUAGAAUCAUACCAAGGACCAGAGAAAAUUGUAGCAGUAUUUUUGUCUGCUUUUUACAUUAUUUCUAAAGGCUCAUCUUUGAUGUCAACGGGAAUGCUAUUGAAAUCUGCUACAUUGAAACUUAUGCAGAAUGUGAGCAUUGGUUCAAGUCCUAGCAAGGAUCAAAUACAGACUGCGGGAGAGCACUGUCCCAUCUGUCAUGACCAAUAUGAUUCUCCGGUGUCACUCCAAUGUCACCAUAUAUUUUGCGAAAGUUGUGUCACGACUUGGUUCGAUCGAGAGCAAACAUGUCCUUUAUGUCGAGCAAAGAUUGUAGAUGACCCUUCCUGGAGAGAUGGAUCUACUUCAUAUUUUAUGCAACUGUUUUAGGUGUUUUUAAAUUGAUAGAUCGAAUGAUUAUUGGGAAUAUUUUUCAGAAAUGAUAGGAAUCUGUAGACAGGAAACUGUGUAAAAGAAGGGUAUAUGUAUAAAGUGUUUCAUCUGUUAAUUUGUAAUCCAUAGCACAAAUGAAAUUGUGAAGAAAAGAUUGUGUAUGUAAGGGUGCUAGUAAUAAUUUAAUUGUUUUACCUAGUUAUAUUAAUGAAGUAAUACAAUAUUCUCAAUAAUAAUGUACAAUAAAAUUUUGUUAUGUAAGAGCUAAAAUAUUUUGUUACUUCAACAGAAUUUUUAUUAAAUGGACCAAAAAAACGCUACAACUCAUGUGUCAAACAAAUGCUUUUACGAUUAUCUUCAAACUGGCUUGUCAUGUCUUUCACAAUAGGAUAAAUAUCUCGGCAAGUUGAAGUUAUUCUAUUUUAUAAAGUUCAUGUGACAUAGAUGCACAUCAUUCUGCCACUGUACUGUAGGAUAUUGCAUUUCAGAGUGACAAAUACGAUGAGUUGAAACAAAACAACGAAUUAUUGCUAGGAAAAGUGCAUAACCUGGAAAAAAAUUGGCAACAAUGGAGUGAAACAAAAACUAGUCAAUCUAUUGAUGACAAAAACUGAACAAUACACUGCAAAAUAAAAAUAAAAUACAGAAAACGUUCGAUCAACCUUCUUCUUCCGAACCACAAUCUGUUCUGUUCAAAAUCUGUUUUUUUCGUUAAUCAGGGAACAUUUAUGAUGGGAACUCAAAAAUCUGUUAUAUUACUGGACACUACUAGCACAAAACAUUAGAAACGUAUCCCACAACUAGCGCUAGUGCCAAGUCUUUUAUUUUAUACAGUCAGGAACUAUUCCACAAUAGAAAACUUUCAGCUUUAGUGGAGUUGAAACAGCUUACAUGCUCAAUAAAAAAAUGAAAUGAAAGAGAUGCACGAUGUUACAAACAAGGAAAAGGCUGAGUGAAAAAAAGUUUUACCAAGACAGAACCUUCAAAAAAUAGAUGAUUUGUUAUGAGGCAAAAUAAUGAAAUUAUCGAAUUAGCACAGUCGCCAAAUACUCUUCUUUGCAUGUAAAGGGGCUGAAUCCUUCCACAAAAAAACUUGUCAAGAAUUUUCUAGAAGUAAAAAUUAUACAUCUGAACAACCUGAAUUAUAUGCUUCAUUUAAGGUAAUCAUAACAAGAGGAUUAUUCAAAAGCAUGGAGGCAAGUUAUAUGGCCCAGUGGAGCCUUAGUAUCCUGGUUUCUUUUGAAAAAGAAGGAUUUCACCACAGGUACAAGAGAAGGUGGAAAACCAUGAUCAUGAAAACUGAACAAUUUACAGAUUUUUCAUAUAAAUAUUCAACAUGUUGAUAAUAAGAUGCAUGAAUUACACGCCUUUUUAAUUGAUUUCCACUUUGAUGUAAUCUGUUUAUCAGAGCAUUGGCAAACAUUCAGUAAUUUACCUACUAUUAACAUUCCAAAUGUGCUUCACAAAACAAAACUUGGUUAACCCGAAAUCGUCACUCUCAUUAGUAGAUUGGAAAGUCCAAAGGAAGUAUUUUCAAUAACUUGGGAAAUUCUAGUUCUUGUGACAUAAAUGAUCUGAAUGUAGCUACAAACUGUAAACAUUUCAUCAAUACUCCAAAAUUUGCCAUGGAGAUAAAAUCAAAACAUCAUGCAAAUGGCCGACUUAAAAUAGGUUUUUGUAAUGACAAACUUGGAUCGAUGAGAAGUAGUCUCGAAGCUGUUGAAGAUAUUUCAAAAAAGUCGGAUACCUCGAAAAAGCUUGCUGGAAUAUAAUCAAUUCAGAAAGAAAUAAAAUAUACAGUGAAAUUCAAACUAUAAAAUAAUUUUCUGGAAAUGAUUUCAAUGAUCACUUUUGUACUGUAGCUAUAGAUACAUUAGACAGAGAUAGAUUUCUCUUCCCCUGAAGAUUCAUUCUUCUUAGAACCAGUAUGACAUAAAUAAUCUAAAUGGCUGUUUAUUGAAAACUAUAGCUGAACAAGUAGUCAUGUCAUUAACCAAACUUGUUACCUAAAUUUUCAAGGAAGGCGUUUUUCCAAACAUACUCUAAAGCCCCAGGCAAUAAAACAUCUUUAGACAACUAUCGUUCAAUAAGUAUUGUCUCUAUAUUUGGAAUGAUCAUUGAAAAAAUACUAAUGUUACACACCUACUUUCAAACGAGAAUCUGUUUCAGUGAAUCACAAUAUGGAUUUUGGAAAAACAAGUCCACAACCUGGGUCACUUACAAGAUGGUGAGUGAUACACUUCCUUGACUUUAUGCGACUUGCCAAAGCUUUUGAUUGUGUGUCACAUCUGAAGUAUUGUGUCAUAAAAGUUUGAGAGGUACCAUUAUGUGUCCCCUACUUAAACGUUCAUGUCAAAGUAUUAUACUAAUGAAAUGUAUUGCAUUUGCCAAUGACACCACUCUUGUAAAACCGGAAACGUCACAUCGUUUUGAUUUUAACUGUGGCCGAGAACAAAAACUUAGUCCAAAGCUUUCUAGAAUUUUAUUUGUUCUAAGACAACUCAAACCAAUAACCAAUCUAAACGUAACAAAUUAUUCUCUCAUUUCAUUCGAUAGUAUCAUAUAGCUAUGUUGGGGCAGCUCAAGUAAUGCAAUAAUGGUAUUUCAAUAUCAGAAAGAAAACAUUCGUAUUUUAGCAAAUAUAGGAUAUAGAUAUCACUGUCAUCAACACUUUAUUCAGCUCGGUAUAAUGCCGGUGCCUUCGUUAUACAUAUACAUCGUUUUGUUAGAGGUAUAUUUAGACAUAAACAAAUUUGAGAAACACCAAUAUACUCUUAAAUCAAUAUAACACGAGAUCUGCAGAUCUGUUGAAUCCCUCCAUCCCGACACAGAUUAGUUGCUAGCAACAAAAAUUCUUCCAACCUGAAUUUGUCUAACGUUCUGAAAAAUCUGUGAAAACAUUAAAAUUCAAUAAAUUCAAAACAAUCAAGUUUCUCUUCCAGAAAUGGACUAUUUGAACCAAGCAAGUUUAUUCAGAUACCCAUAAUAUAUUAUUUUUCAGCUUCAAAUGAUUAUUUGAUCAGCCAAUAUUUAUUUUCACAUUAUAAUUUCGAUGUGUUAUUUAUAUGCAUUCCUUUUAAGUGUUCAACUUUUUAUUAUUAUUUUUAUGUACUCUGACCUACUCUUGAUUGGAUCUGUAGUAGAAAGUAUCGUUUUUGAAAUGCAUUCCAUGAGAAAUAACAACAAUAUUUUAAUACUCUGUGAUUUUUUUGGAAAAAAAUAUUGAAUAAAUUGAUGGAUGUAGGCGUUACUACGUGGUAAGAGAUAGGACGAAACUGCAGUAACGUUAGUUACAAAUAAAAGUGGUAAAAAACAUAGUAAAUUAUUGAAGAUCAUUCAAAUUUUCAGAGUAUUCCACUCAUUACUACUUUUUUAACAACUCCGUGCUAAAUAUUGUUGGAGUUUUUCAUUGUACCUACUUUUAUUUUGUAGUAAUGUAUCAACGUUAGUAGAUUAUUUGUGAACUUUACUGAAUACAGUCUGUUGAAAAUAAGGAUUACCUACACAUAAAUUACUGUUAUUUAUUGUUGAUUUUUAAAAAACUUUCAUGAUUGUUCAAAAAUCUUGCAUGUAACUAAACUGAAUAUAGAAUCUCAUGUGUCUUCUUAUCUGAAACUACCCUGAUUUGGUUCCAAAUCCAAAAAAAAA